CGUUUACGCACUUUGUCGUUCCAAGGCGAAAUCUAUUACUACGGCUGCAAACCGGAAAGACGCUGCUGCAACGCUGCAGUAAAGAUUAGGCGGUUAAAAACAUCCUGGACCAUCAAUUUUGACAUUUCUUGAUUAACCAGUGAUCACCAAUAAUAUCUGGUCCGCAUUCUCUCAUCUGGACUGUCAACGUUAACCACAAGCAAGCAUGAGCAGCCUGGAAGAAGGCUCAAGCGAUUCAGCACACACUCCCGAGCUGUCCAAGCAGCCUCUUCAAGGACUGAAAUUGGCAUCGCACGCCGUGCUGGAGAAAGUGCAGCAGAGGGGCAGGUCAAAAUGUGCUAAAUGCGGAGGAUCAAGGAUGUUCUUCUGCUACACAUGCUGCCUAUUAGUGGACGUCAGUCUGCAAGAAAUCCCCAUUGUCAAGCUCCCAGUGAAGAUAGACAUCAUUAAGCAUCCCAAUGAGACAGAUGGCAAAAGCACUGCGGUUCAUGCAAAGAUCCUGGCGCCCAGUGACAUCACCAUUUACACAUACCCCUGCAUUCCUGAGUAUGAUCAAGACAAGGUUGUGUUGGUGUUCCCCGGUCCAGGCGCUGUCACAGUACAAGACAUGAUACGCUGUUUGCAUGAGAGGAAUGAGAGCAGGUCACGUGGCCCCUUGUUAAAGAGGCGGAAAAUAGAGAAGCCUCCAUCUGCCUCACACCCUUCAGACGAUCCGGGGUCAGGGAGCCCUGAUGAAAUGAAGGACUACAAAUCAAGGACGCAUCCCCUCCAGAGGGUGGUCUUCAUCGACAGCACGUGGAACCAGACCAACAAAAUCAGCACAGAUGAUAGACUGCAAGACCUGCUCCAGGUUGAGCUGAGGACAAGGAAAACGUGCUUCUGGCGCUCUCAGAGGGGCAAACCAGACACUUACCUGGCAACGAUCGAAGCAAUCUAUUAUUUUCUCAAGGACUUCCAUGAGCAAUGUCUUGCUCAAGAGUACAGCGGAGAGUAUGACAACCUUCUUUUCUUCUACUCUUACCUGCACGCAGUCGUCAGAAAGUCGAAGGAGACCGGAAAGAAGGAAGCAGAGAAGAGACAAAAACAGCAAGAGACUGAAACACAAUUGUAAAUCCAAUUCAAGUUUCAUUUUUCCGUUUGAUUUUGGAAGGGAAAGUGAUAUUUGCUUGAGUGUUUGGGAUAAAAUUUAAAGUGUAUACAAUGUGAAACGCUAUCUUGUCUCAUGUCAAAAAUAUUUCCUAAUCGAGUUAAAGCUAGUAUGUUAGUUACCAGUCAUACCACGUACAAGUCUUAAAGUCCCUGUGAAGUGGGAAUAGGUAUUAUCAAUUUGACACACUACGGAGGAAUGUUUUUAACAAAACGUCAAUUCAGAAAAUUCCAAGUAAAUACAAUACGGCCUCAAAAUUGUAAACAAGCCGUUCUCACCACUUGCAAACAGCCACGCCAUCUGACUAAUCUUUUGUUCUUUAAAGCAAAAAAAAUAAAAGAAUGAUAUUGUCAGCAUUAGGCAGUUUCCUGAAAUGUAUUUUUUUUUUACCUUAAAAGCAACACAAUAGGAGUUAACAGUGUUUUUAAAUAUCUUUAUUUACAAACUAGUACACAGGGCUUUGAUUUCCCCCCUUUAAUUAAAACUCAUUUAUUAUUGUACAGCUUUAGGUCGUCUCGUUAUAUUUCAUUCAGACGUAAAUAUCUUGGAUCUUAAUCCAACUGAAACCAAAAUGUGUAUUUUGUACCAAGAGGCUCCAUGUAGUCAGUCAGCUGGUAGUGAGGAGCCUAGUAGAAGACCUCUCUAAUCUUUGCUUGAAGGCUAUCACAUGUCUUUUUGGCAUCUCCCAGCAACAUGGAUGUGUUGGCUUUGUAGAAAAUGGGGUUAUCCACCGCAGCGUAGCCCACACCCAAGGUCCGCUUCAUCACGAUUACCUGGAUAAAUGGGAGAAAAGGUUCCCGGACAUGUCUAAUACGGUGCCAUCACUUGUAUGUGACAGAGGAUAAAGAAUAAAUGCCUGUGUAUAGUUAAUGUC